AUGUUCAAGUGCAGGUUGGUUGGUUUUAAUUAGAAAUUGCAUUUCUUACGAAUUUGUUUUCGAAAAAAAAGCAUGUGUAUAAUUAACAGAAAAAAAUUAUUUAUUAUUAAUUAAUAAUUCACCAAAAAUCUUCGAUAAUCCCAAUCCCUAAUAAAUGUGCGAAACAUAGUUUGAUGAUUUAUUAUUCAUAACACGUAUGAAACCCUUCAAAAAUGAAUCGUUCUUUGAAAUUUCUCACAGACAUGAAAAAUGAGAAAACGUGUCUGUUUUUGAUGAGAAGAGAGUUUGUUGAACUCUUGUCGCAUUCAAAAAAUCAACAUCGAGUUAGUAGUCGGAAAAUGACGCGAGGGAAUGUUUCCGGCAUGCACUUUUGGUGUUUCUUUUUGAAAAGAGAAUUGUUUAAAAGUGCAAGGGUUGUAAGUGAUCUAUCAAAAUCAGAUUUGAUUAUAGGUUGAGCAAAUGAAACACAAGGUGAAAAGAUAAUAAGAUUUUAUGCUAGAACUUUUUUUAAACCUUACCUAAUUUCAAAAUGUGUCUGGAAUUAGGUUAAUUUUAUAAUUUCAAUUAUGUGUUUUAACGUUUGCUCUAAAGAUUUGGAUACCAAAAUUGUUUUAUCCUCAUUCAAGGCUAAUUUUCAGAACAAUGAACGACCAGAUAUUGACUCAAAAGCAUGUUCUCAAUAUUCUCUACCAGAUGUUUCAACCACGGAUAACAAUUCACAAAAUUAUCAAUCACCUCAAAAAACCAACACGAAGCCUUUCAGGUUUGUUUGUAUCCUCAAUUUCUAGAAAACUAACCUCUCCAACAAAAAAAACCAAAAACAGAAAAUAGAAAAAUCAAUUCCAGUAACCGAUUUGAAUGCACAAUAUGAGAUUUCUUGUCAAUCGAACAUUCAACAAAAACCUCAACCACUUUCGAUGACAAAGGAAAAUGCUUCGUGUCGAGUUGCUGAUUGGAUCACAAAUUUGGAUAUCAAUAAGGAAUAA